AACUUGACAUGGGAGGAGUCUGUAAAGAGAGAUCUGAAAGACUGGAAUAUCACCAAAGAACUAGCCAUGGACAGGGGUGCGUGGAAGUUAGCUAUCCACGUGCCAGAGCCAUGACUAGACUUGCAAGAUCUUAUGGGUUUCAUCUCUAGCCUACCCUAACUUGUUUGGGACUGAAAGGCUUUGUUGUUGUUGUUGUUGAUGUUGUUGUUGUUUUUCUCCCACUCGAUUUGAGCCAUAAUGUGUCAUGUCCAUUUCGAGGGAGACCUUAGGAUGAGGACGAAUUCUGUGCGGCAUUCCGGCUUAUGGAACACAAGAACCCUAUCUGAGCUUUGUGGUUGCUGUGGCAAGUGGGUUCACUUGAGCAUCACUACCACUGGUGGUUCGAAACAUGUGGUUUGAUGUUUCGACCAAAUUAUGCGCUGUAAGAGAUCAAAAGGGAAAUAUCAAUAAUGAAGAUUGUAAGACACCCCAACAUAGUUAGGCUUAAAGAGGUUUUAGCUGGAAAGACAAAGAUAUACAUAAUAUUGGAACUUGUCACUGGAGGCGAACUGUUUGAUAAAAUAGCCCACCAAGGGAAGCUUCGUGAGAAUGAAGCUAGGAAGUACUUCCAGCAGCUUAUUGAUGCCAUUGAUUAUUGUCACAGAAAAGGAGUCUAUCAUAGAGAUUUGAAGCCUGAGAACCUGCUUCUCGACUCACGUGGAAACUUAAAAGUUUCUGAUUUUGGACUGAGCACACUGUCCCAGAAUGGAGUAGGCCUUCUUCACACACCAUGUGGAACACCAAAUUAUGUUGCUCCUGAGGUGCUCGGCAGCAAUGGGUAUGACGGGUCUGCAGCAGAUGUUUGGUCAUGUGGUGUUAUUCUUUAUGUUUUAAUGGCUGGUUACCUUCCCUUUGAGGAAAAUGAUCUUCCAACCUUGUAUGACAAGAUAACUGCAGCUCAGUAUUUGUGCCCAUAUUGGUUCUCUCCGGGAGCUAAGUCAUUGAUCCAGAGAAUACUUGAUCCAAAUCCAAGAACUCGUAUCACUAUCGAACAAAUAAGGGCAGACCCAUGGUUUAAGAAGAACUAUGUAGCUAUUAGACGUGGUGAAGAUGAAAAUGUCAGCCUGGAUGAUGUUCAGGCUGUUUUUGACAAUAUUGAGGACAAGUAUGUAUCUGAGGAGGUGACUCAUAAGGAUGGUGGUGGUCCUCUUAUGAUGAAUGCCUUUGAGAUGAUUACACUAUCUCAAGGUUUGGAUCUUUCAGCAUUGUUUGAUAGACAACAGGAGUUUGUCAAACGUCAAACUCGUUUUGUCUCGAGGAAACCAGCGAAAACUAUAGUAGCUACAAUUGAAAUUGUUGCUGAGUCCAUGGGUCUCAAGGUCCAUUCCCAGAAUUACAAGUUGCGGCUUGAUGGAGUUUCUUCAAACAGAAUGAGCCCAUUUGCUGUUGUGCUAGAGAUUUUUGAAGUUGCGCCUUCCCUAUUCAUGGUUGAUGUUCGAAAGGUUGCUGGUGACACUCUGGAAUACCACAGGUUUUACAAGAACUUAUGCAGCAAACUUGAUAAUAUAAUCUGGAGGCCGAUAGAAGUUUCUGCAAAGUCUGCACUGCUGAGGACGACCACUUGCUAACCUACACUGAUGCAGUAAGUCAGCAACACCCACAGCAAAGGGAUUCCUUGCUGUCAAAGACGGGGAGCUUCUGUCAAAUCUGCCAUUGCUCCUAAUGCUGGGAUCCAUGAUGGUUUUUGGAGCUGCUUUCGCAGGGGACGCAUGUACCAUAGCGGAGUCUUUAGUAGAUCAGAUAAGGCAGCUUACGGCACCAGAUGCAUAUACGUAGUAAUAUUAGUGUAGAUAGUCUGUAUACUGCCAUUUGUGCAGCCUUUAUGUAACAGGAACCUGAAUCUCCACUAGAAUCAAUUCAUUGUCAUGUAUCUAUGCAAUAAGCUGGCUAGCAUGCUCAUGCCAGAUCUUGUAAAUGCUUCAUCUUGAGAGAAUGUAUACCAUCUGAUUUUGUGAAUGCUUCAUGAGCGUA